GUGGGUAGACGAGGUGACUGUCCAAUCAUCAAGUGGCAGGGGGCGGGGCCGCGCUGCGAUCUGACCUAUCGGCUGUGCAGAGCAACGGAAGGAGCAGUGAGGAGUCCGGGGGGCGCUGAGCAGUGAAUGUUUCCAAUCAGCAGAGAGCAGCCUGAGGCACUAUGGCUGAAAGGAGUGGUCCGCGGAAGCACAGAUGGUCGAGUCCUCCAGAAAUGUCUCCAAGUAAAUACUUGAGAGGCCUGGAUUCCAAACUCCCGAGAGGGGCCCAUCGCAGCAGAGAGCCAGACCCUGAUGGCCCCAGCCCGCCGAAGGAGAGGCAAGUCAGGGUCUACCCCUAUGAGAGUACGCCGAAACGUACUCUGGAUCACCGGCUUGGCAGCAAUUCCACAGAGAGUGCAUCGAGCAGAGGCCACCGACGGACUAUCAGCUGGGACUUCAACAGAACUGACCAAGCGGAGGCAUCAACACCUACGCCUAGGGCCUCUGUGUCACUAACAGAGGGUGAUCGCCAAUUUGAGAUGGAUGAGGACACCAAAACAAAAUCUGAGGAUUUACAGAGGUUCCGACCACGAAGGCCCAAUGCUCCGUCCUUGUUGUUUAAGAGGGCAUUCAGCGACAUAGGAGUUUCCGCAAGAGGAGGAAGAAGAUCACUGGAUAGCCAGUUGAAAAAUCUGCCGGAAACGGAGAGGAUGGGUAGGUUCCAGCGGCGGGAGUCAGAGGAUUCAGACUUGUCAUUCAGGACAAACGCCCCCAAGAGAGAGAUUGAGGAAGAGAAAUCAUCAUGGAGGUCGGAGAGCACCAGUCACCCAAGCUGGUUGGGGCGAACCAUCACAAUUGCAGUUCCUAAUGAAGAACUGGAAGUCCGUAAAGAGAAGUCCAGGCGUUCAGAGCCAUUACCCAGGACCGAGACAAACGCCCCCGAGAGAGAGAUUGAGGAAGAGAAAUCAACCUGGAGGUCGGAGAGGACAGAUCACCCAAUCCGUAUAAGGCGAACUGUCUCUAGAGUGAUUCCUAAAGAAGAACCUGAGGCCCACAAAGAGAAACCGGAGGUUCAUGAAGAGAAACCAAAGGUCCGUAAAGAGAGAAUGGAGGUUCAUGAAGAGAAACCAAGGGUCCGUAAAGAGAGAAUGGAGGUUCAUGAAGAGAAACCAAGGGUCCGUAAAGAGAGAAUGGAGGUUCAUGAAGAGAAACCAAGGGUCCACAAAGAGAAAAUCGAGGUUCAUGAAGAGAAACCAAGGGUCCGUAAAGAGAGAAUGGAGGUUCAUGAAGAGAAACCAAGGGUCCGUAAAGAGAGAAUGGAGGUUCAUGAAGAGAAACCAAGGGUCCGUAAAGAGAGAAUGGAGGUUCAUGAAGAGACACCAAGGGUCCGUAAAGAGAGAAUGGAGGUUCAUGAAGAGAAACCAAAGGUCCGUAAAGAGAGAAUGGAGGUUCAUGAAGAGAAACCAAGGGUCCGUAAAGAGAGAAUGGAGGUUCAUGAAGAGAAACCAAAGGUCCGUAAAGAGAGAAUGAAGGUUCAUGAAGAGAAACCAAGGGUCCGCAAAGAGAGAAUGGAGAUUGAUGAAGAAAAACUAAAGGACCGCAAAGAGAGAACGGAGGACCGCAAAAACAAACCAGAGACCUCAAUGGGCACUCCCCGGCUUGUGUUCUUGUUUGAAUCUGAUAAAGACUCUGAUACAGAAGACCAGGAAAAGGAUCCAUCUAUAGGAAGCGACUUCUCUGACGUAGAAGAUAUGGGCAAGUUGGCCAAAUUUUCUCAGGAAGACGAGCCUCUCCCGGGCCUCCCCGUGGAAGGCACUCCAGCUGGGAUCUCAACACCCAGAAGUUACGUUAUGUAUCCUCGUCAAUUAUACAAUAACUCAUGGAGCGGUCAUAAAGACCUCUGGCCCACCAGUCCCUUGUACAAGCCCAGCUCAGAGCAAAACAAGUGGCGUCAAGACGUCCUCAACAAGAGCUGCGUUUCUGAGGUUUCCGUGAACCAUGACCCGUUCAGCGACAGCGAAAGCGAGUUUGAACCCAGACGGGACAGAUCGCGUUCCUUUGAUACAUCAUGGACGCCCGAUGACAAAACUAAAGCCACACGAAGAAUGUUGGAGAUCUUGCCCACCGAUGACUCCAACACGCCAAGGUUCCUGCGCGACGGCUUCAUAGACACUCACUGCCACCUGGACAUGCUCUUCUCACGGCUGCAGAAUUAUAAGCGCUCCUUCGCCGAUCUCCGCGAGCAGUACUUCUCCACUUUCCCCUCUGAGUUUCAGGGCUGCAUCACGGAUUACUGUGACCCCCGCACGUUAAAGAGACUUCCUUGGCGGCACGUGCUAAACGAGAACAUGGUCUGGGGGGCGUUCGGGUGUCACCCUCAUUUCGCGCAGUACUAUAACGACCAGCUACAGGAGGAGAUGAUGCAGGCUAUGCGGCACCCGAAAGCCAUCGCCUAUGGGGAGAUGGGCCUGGAUUACUCCCACAAAUGUUCCACGACCAUCCCGGACCAGCAUGCCGUUUUCGAGAAGCAGCUGAAGUUGGCCGUGCCCCUGGGGAAGCCUCUGGUCAUUCAUUGCCGAGACGCAGACGAGGAUCUGUUCAGGAUCAUGAAGAAGUGGGUUCCCCACGACUACAAGAUACAUCGACAUUGCUUUACUGGCAACUACAAAGACAUUGAACCCUUCCUGGAUGAGUUUCCAAACAUGUCUGUGGGCUUCACCGCCGUCCUGACGUACCCUUCAGCGGGAAAUGCGCGGGACGCCGUCUCCCGGAUCCCUCUGGACAAGCUGAUCGUAGAAACAGACGCUCCGUUCUUUGUACCAAGACAGGUACCCAAGAGCCUGUGUAAAUUUUCACACCCGGGCCUCGCCGUGCACACUGUUGAGGAAGUCGCCCGGCUCAAGAACUUACCCGUGGAAUCGGUCAUGGCAAAACUCCGAGAGAACACCUACCGGCUCUAUAAUAUAUAAGUGCCUUGUGAUCCAGGGAGGGGUUCCUUAAUGAAAGUUUUCCGUUUUUUGGGGAAAUUAAACCAGUUGGUGCCUUGUUUUAAAUGUGUUUGUUGAGAGUUCUGGACCAGUGUUUUGUUUACCACUUUUUAUUAUUAACGUCUAUUAAAAAAUAGAUUUAUUUUUUAUUUUA